UGGUAGACAGACAGUGGCGCUGCAGUGGCAGUAAAUUCAUGGAGGCACACACCGCACGCACAAUAUCACAAGAUAGGAAGCGAUUUCAGAUAGCAACAAUUAAAGGCUGUCAGAGAGAUUGUAGUGUUUCGUUAAAUGUGAACCUAACGGCUAUAAAAAUAGUCUCUAAUGUGUUUAUGAAAUAGUAAAUAUAAUAGUGGUUGCGAACAGUAUUAUUCCAAAGGUAAAAGACUCGUUAAAGAUGUCUUCCCUCCAAAAGUCGAUUUUAAAAUCUAAGCUACCACCGUCGGGUGUCAAUUUUGGAGUCGGCUCUAGGGUUAGCAAAUCGAAAGGAUUUCAACGUAAGAGAGAUUAUGAUCCAGUUCAAUGGACCCCAUAUUUUGAUGAGGCUCAGGAUAUAGAAAUAGGAAGUGACAAAUUCCAUAUUUAUACUAAGGGUACUGAAGGACCUACAUUAGUAUUGUUACAUGGAGGUGGCUAUGGUGGACUAACUUGGGCAGAAUUUACUAAAUCUAUUAUGACUAUGAUAGUCUGUAAAGUUAUGGCAAUUGACCUUAGAGGUCACGGAGAUUCUCAUACAUCGAAUGAUGACGAUUUGUCUGCAGAUACGUUAGCUGAGGAUGUUGCAGGAAUCAUAAAAGCAACAACAGAAAAUAAUCCUGUGAUUUUAGUGGGUCACAGUAUGGGUGGUGCAGUAGCUGUUAGGGCUGCAUCAUUAAUUCCAAAUUUACAUGGAUUAGGGGUUAUUGAUGUCGUCGAAGGAACAGCUAUAGAUGCAUUAGCAUCGAUGCAAAGUUUCCUAAGAUCUCGGCCAUCUAGUUUUAGUUCUAUUUCUCAAGCUAUAGAGUGGUGUGUACGAAGUGGCCAAAUCCAUAACAUACAAUCAGCUAAGGUCUCAGUUCCUGGACAAAUAAAAAACAUCGAAACUGAUAAACUAGCUACUCAUGAUAUUGAUUCAUUGUCGCAAUCUCAACCGACAUGCGAAUGUAAUUCGGACGACAUAAUUCCACGAGAAGAUAUUAUACAAGAAGAGGAGCCAACAAAUAUGCCUCCACCAGCAACCCCUUCAACUACUAGUGUUACAAAAAAAUAUGUCUGGAGGAUAGACCUUUCCAAAACUGAACAACAUUGGUUGGGAUGGUUUAAAGGUUUAUCAACGGCAUUCUUAGAUGUACCACUUCCAAAGCUGCUAUUGUUAGCUGGAGUUGAUCGGCUAGACCGGGAACUCACAGUCGGACAAAUGCAAGGCAAAUUUCAAAUGCAAGUAUUACCAGCAUGCGGACACGCGGUACACGAAGAUGUUCCGGACAAAGUUGCAGAAGCAAUUGCUACUUUUAUGGUUAGACAUAAAUUUGCGGAACCAGCAUCGGACUUUCCACGAACAUUUCCUGCUUGCUAGGAUAAUUAUAAAAAGUACAAUGGGCACUGUGUUAAGUGAUGCGAUUACAAAAAAUUUGGUGAAUUAAUUAAGAAAUGAGCACUUUAUUUAUUUAGAAAAGGUAUGUUCAUAAAAUAUAUAUAUAUGAAUAAAUGU